UUGACCCUUCGUGGCUUGUUGCCGGAUGGCUUUAUCCUGCGAGAACAGAGGUAGAAAGCCGCCGGCCCAAUGAGCUCAAAGAGAGGCAGAUCGCCUGGGGAAAGCCCAGACGUCAAGCGCAAAGACCGCAAGGCAGCCCAGGUAGAAGUGGUCAAUGAAGAAGCUGUUGAGGAUGACAAGAAAAAGGCCAAGAAAUUAAAGAAAAUGGAGAAGAAGGCGAAGAAAGAGGCCAAGAAAGCUAAGAAAGCCGCCAAGAAGCUGAAGAAGCUAAAGAAAGCAGCCAAAAAGAAGAAAGCCAAGAGCGGCAGCGAUUCCAGUGACUCCAGCUCCGAGUCCAGCAGCAUUCCAUUCGUCAUGGACAUGGGUUUCUCGCAAUCUGGGAAGGAGCUCGAUCCAAGAAAUCCAGACGCUAGAAUCCAGCGGGCCUUGGGAUUGAACUGCGGGGCAUUUUCAUUCAUUGAGCGAAAAGAUGAUGAAGAGGUUUAUAAGGAUGGACGGAAGCAAAAAUACAAGGACGGUGAAGACACCAGCAAAGACUGGAUUUGUUUGCGCUCGAAGGCGAAUGGAGAGCCGUGCGGUGAGCGCAACUUUCCUCGCAACGAGAAAUGCUUUCGCUGCAGUGGGCUGCGCCAAAGCAAUGCGCCCUUGGUCAAAGACUACAAACCGAACAAAAUUGAUGGACGCAAAUUCUAGUUGUGCGAUGUCGCACAUACUCCAGACCCACUGCCUGUGGGUGAGGAGCUGCAUUUUGGCAGUGUACAUAGGAGGUGCUCAGCGUGCGCAAUAUGAAAAA